AUGAGUUAUUUAAUUCAAUUAAUUAAUCUCGGCGGAUACGGCGGUUGGGGCUUCGCCUCUCCCUGUGGCUCGUUCGCCGGUGGCUGUGGUGAGCCAGGCUGGGGCGGAGCUUGCGGUCCCUGUGGUCCCUGUGGUCCCAGUGGUCCUUGUGGUCCCUGUGGUCCCGCCGGCUAUGGUUACGGCUAUGGACUAAAUGUGGGCUGUGGACCUAGGCUCUAUAACUGCGGUCGCCCGACUUGGUAA